CACCCGGCGGCGACUGAGACCGGUGGCGGCUGCGGAGCCGGCAUCGCAGGCGGGCGGAGCGGAGCUGCCCGGCUCGGUGGCGGGCGAUGCCCCCUUGAGCCUCUCUCGCCGCCCCUCCCCGCCCCGCGUCCCUACCCUCUUUGGACUCCGCGCCCGCCUGGGGCCGGGCCGCGCCUACCGCCGGGUCCGCGGGGCGGGGUCCCGGGGCAGCACCUGCCCCGCCUUGCGGAGCCUCUCGGGGCCUCUGCGAACCCCUCUUCCUGGUUGGACCCCGGCCCCACCUCCGGAGUCAAACUAAUACACAGCACUGCCAUUUGUUUGCUGGUUCACUUCCCAAUUGCUCACUGCAUUCAGGAUUGGAUUAGUGCCAAGUCUGGAGCUGGGCUUCAGUUGGAGUCUCCGUUGUGAGGUUGCCUGAGGCCCUGCCACCCCGGGGACCAUGUUCAACGGGGAGCCGGGUCCGGCCUCGGCUGGGACUUCCAGGAACGUGGUGCGGAGCUCCAGCAUCAGCGGCGAGAUCGGAUCCCAGCAGGCUGGGAGCGGGGCCGGGACCACCACAGCCAAGAAGAGACGCAGCAGCCUGGGCGCUAAGAUGGUGGCCAUCGUGGGCCUGACUCAGUGGAGCAAGAGUACCCUUCAGCUUCCCCAGCCUGAAGGGACCACCAAGAAGCUGCGCAGCAACAUCCGCCGAAGCACCGAGACCGGCAUCGCCGUGGAGAUGCGCAGCCGGGUCACGCGCCAGGGCAGCCGCGAGUCCACGGAUGGGAGUACCAACAGCAACAGCUCGGACGGCACGUUCAUCUUCCCCACCACACGGCUCGGGGCUGAGAGCCAGUUCAGCGAUUUCCUGGAUGGGUUGGGCCCAGCCCAGAUUGUGGGGCGGCAGACGCUGGCGACACCACCCAUGGGAGACGUGCACAUCACCAUCACUGACCGGAGUGGCCAGCUGGAGGUGGAGGUGAUCGAAGCCCGGGGUCUGACCCCCAAACCAGGCUCCAAAUCCCUUCCAGCCACCUAUAUCAAGGCCUACCUGCUUGAGAAUGGGGCCUGCCUGGCCAAGAAAAAGACCAAGAUGGCCAAGAAGAGCUGCGAUCCCCUGUACCAGCAGGCUCUGCUCUUUGAUGAAGGACCCCAGGGCAAGGUGCUGCAGGUGAUCGUCUGGGGCGACUACGGCCGCAUGGACCACAAGUGCUUCAUGGGCAUGGCCCAGAUCAUGCUGGAUGAGCUGGACCUGAGUGCUGCGGUCACCGGCUGGUACAAACUCUUCCCCACCUCCUCGGUGGCAGACUCCACGCUUGGCUCCCUUACCCGGCGCCUGUCCCAGUCCUCCCUAGAGAGUGCCACCAGCCCCUCAUGCUCUUAAGGACCUCAGGAAAGGAGGCCGGGAUGGCAGUGGGGGAAGGGCGGUGUCAACUGGCCCUGCCUCCCCCCCUGUACAUAACCUUCAUAUCUCUCUGGACCCUUGCCCUGCUGCAUGCCUGUUGGCUCCUGGGCUCGCCCCAGCUGGCAGUGGACACUGUGGUGUGUCUGUGUGUGUGUCUGUGUGUAUGUGUGUGUAUGUGUGUGUGUGUGUAUGUGACUUUUUUUUUUGUCCUUUGAUCUGGGUACACAGUCUGUCCAGGUGAGUACCCAGUCUGAAAUCCUUGUCUCUUUGUAUCUUGUCGCAAAGAAACCCAAAAGAGUGUUGUAAGGACAUGUCACCCCAAAGCACCUGCUGGGGUCAAGUGGGGGAACGCUGCUCUUGUUGAACCUACCUGGGCGCGUGCCUGCUGCUUCCUCUUGAUUUUCUGACUUGUCUGUUGUCCCACCUGUUGCCUCCCCCAGCACUGCUGCUGUUUCUUGAAGAAUGUAGCACCCACUGCAGCUGGCUACCCCAAGACCCUAUGGGUUCCUCUUUACCUGCCUCCCCUCCACCCACCAGCCGCUUGGCAGCUCUCCCCUCUCUCCUGAAAGCGUCAUGCACAUAUGGCAUGCCCUUCCUGCACCCUGGCCAGG